UGGCGCCCGAGAGACGUGUUUUUUUAUUUGUUCCCUGUUGCUGUUAAACCCGGAUGGGAUGGGCUGGGCGUAAAUCGCGAGGUAUACUGUGUUUCGUGCACGCGAGGACGACGAUGACGACGCUGCUGGACGUUCGCCUGACAAUUGUCUUUCGGGUCAUUAAUUUGACAGGGCCCAGGGUUUAUACGUCAUUACAUUAGGCUUAGUAAUGGAGGAUAGUGUGAGUGUCAAAUCUACUGAAUCAGUGGCUACCAGUGAUGAGUAUGAAUUUGUAAGCGAAAAAAUUUCUGUCAAACAAUCACAACCGCCUCUGCUCAAUAUCGCCAACAAUGGCAAUCUAGAAGAUCUCCAGAACGAUUUGCAAGAGAUUUUAACUGAAGAAUCCAAAAUGGACGAAAUUGGAGAUACAAAAAUAAUAUCAAGCAAUAUAUCUAGCAUACAAAAAACAAAAACUAUCGGUCAAAGCAAGUUUUAUGAUGUUUCUUCAACCGAAGUAACACCAGAAAAACAAGAUGAAAUGAAACCAGAUGAUUACACAGAUGCCUAUGAAUUAAACAUCCUACUAGAUGAGCAGCAGGAUUAUACAAAAUUUGAUGCUGUUACAUAUCUUGGAGCAGCGCAAAUUAAUGCUCCAAAAUCGGAGGCGGAGAUUCAAAGAAACAUGAAAAUAUUGGCUGAGCACUCCUCUGUGCCUAUAAAAGUAUCUAUAUCCGUGCCAAGCUGCUCUCAAGGAAGUGUUAUCUUGUAUGACUCUGCAACGCAACAGCCAAUCAAAAGUUAUGAAGUUCAGCGCAUUCUUUUUUAUGCCCGAGGAGAUAGCACAGGCCCUUGCACUGCAUGCUUUGCCUUUACUUGGUCUCACGGAGAUACCCAAGAAUCGGCUAUUUUUCAAUGUCAUGUUUUUCGUUGUGAUAUACCCGAAGCUGUGAGACAAGUAUCUUCAUGUUUUGCUAAAGCUUUUCAAAGGUUUCCUAGAUCAAUGACCAAUUCCUUAACAGGCAGCGAUUUUAACAAUGGUUUCAAUCCUGUCAAUGAUAAAGCAAAUUCAAGAGUGUUCAUUUUUGAAGUCACAAUGGAAGUAAAAGAAGAGGAUGGAAAGGGUGCUUACAACACUGUUCCCAAAGAUAGGAAUUUUUUUAAGUUACGUAGUAAUGUUCCAAAGCAAGUAUGUUUAAGCAUACAACAAGUCAAAGAGGGUGGCAUCUCUCUCGAGGUAGAAAGAUGUUUUGGUGUUUUAGUCAGUCCUGGUCGUAAUGUUAAGCACAGCGAUAUGAGAUUGUUAGAAAUGCAGAUAAAUAACACACCAGUGUCAUCUGAAAAUAAAAACUACAACGUUUCUGGUAAAUGGGAUCCAGCUGAUCCUGCUCUAGAAAGUUUAAACGUUGAAACUCCUCGAGAAGGAAAAAUUUUUAUGACAGUAGCCGUAGAUUUAGUAAUCCGUGGUAUAAGAGAACCAGUGAGAUUUGUAAUUGAAACAUCUGUAAAAGUUUUUCCCCAAAACGUAAGAUUUUGGUAUUUUACCAAGAGAAACCUUGUUCAACAAUUUUUUCUCAAUUCUAAAGAGAUAGUACUGAAUGAAGGCGCCGAGAUCCACUAUGAAGUUCAAAACAUCGAGACAUCCGGGGAAAUAGAUAGAAAUAGACUAAGUCUACCUUUAAAUUUGGCGUCAUUGAUUAAGUCACCUUCCUUGACGAGUAUCGAUACUCUUACCCCCAAGGAAGAAUAUGAUUCGGACGGGGAUGAGCCAAUGUUAAGUGGUACUGGCGAAGUUUCCAAAGACUGCUCAGCAGACGAACUUGCCAAUUGGGCCGAAGUGAUAGAUAGUUGGCAAGUUAAUGAACAACGUCCCAAACUUCUUGUAAAACUAACGAAACAAGGUAUACCAGAAGCUCUCAGAGGCGAAGUGUGGCAAAGGCUUAGCAACUGUGACAAUUCUCAAGAAAUGAUGGACAAGUACAGAAUGCUCAUUACCAAGGAAAGUUCUUGCGAAGGCGUUAUUUUACGAGACAUUAACAGAACAUUCCCUGCUCAUGAUUUUUUCAAAGAAACCGGAGGUUUGGGGCAAGAUUCUCUGUACAGGAUAAGUAAAGCAUAUGCUGUGUACGAUGAAGAGAUUGGUUACUGUCAAGGUCUUAGCUUCCUUACUGCUAGUUUGUUGUUACAUAUGCCUGAAGAGCAAGCAUUCUGUAUUCUGGUUAAAUUAAUGUACGAUUACGGAUUGAGAGAUUUAUAUAAAGACAGAUUUGAUAAUCUACACAUGAGAUUUUAUCAACUAAAUCGUUUGAUGGAGGAUCAGUUGCCUGAUCUCUACAAGCACUUCUGUGAUCGCGGCAUAGAGACGCACAUGUUCGCCGCACAAUGGUUUCUCACCUUAUUUACCGCUAGGUUCCCGUUAUAUCUGGUUUUCCACAUUCUCGACGUUUUCCUGCUUCAAGGAUUAGAUACAUUGUUUCAAGUUGCUCUUGCCCUUUUAACACUAUGCAAAAAAGAAUUACUUCUGCUCGAUUUUGAGAGCACGCUUAAGUACUUCCGAGUUCACUUGCCGAAGCGGUGCCGUAACGAAGAGGUAUCGCGUUACGUUAUGAAGCUUGCCUGCUCGAUAACACUUAAGAAGCUAAAGAAGUAUGAAGCCGAAUUCUUGGCACUAAAAGAAGCGCAAGAGAAUGCGGACGAAUUCAGUAACGAGGUGGAGCAGCUCCGAAGCGCCGUGGCCAGGAUCGACGAGGAAAAACAGCGCCUCGAGGUCGAGCUCGGCCAGAUCAAGGAGAUGCUGCAGCGCGAAGUCACCAGGGCCGACUCGGAGAGCCAAAGGAACUCCGUUAUCAUUGCCGAGUACAAAAAGAUUUGUCAGCGCCUCGAGGAUGAUUACAAUACUGCUAAGGCGUCGCUUAGUGACUUACGCACAAAGAUCUCGAAAUGUGAAAACUGCUCGAGCAGCAACAAAGAGGAGCCCAGGAGCGCUGCGACGACGCCCACCAGCACCGUAUUGUCGAACGCCCCGGACAUCCGGGUGGAUCCGAUACUAAGCCGCGCCCAGGAGCGGGUCCGCGAACUCGAGCUGGAACUCGCACAGACGAAGCUUGCCCACGUCGAGGCAGAGUGCAGGAACCAGGAUCUGACGCACCAGUUACACGCGGCUGCCGUUGAACUCCAGACAGCGCGUAACACCUGGCCACCCUGGCUGAGCAAGACCUUGUCGAGUAUCAAGGAGGCGGCUAACAAGCGGCAAGACGUGAUCGGUGGUGGCGCGAGUAUCCUCAGACGGGACAGUGCGCCCGCGGGUGCCGAGGUGCGACACAGCGCGAUACAACACAGUAAUCGCGACAGCUUGAAGGAGGCCGUUUGAUACGAAGAUAGCGACGCGCUGCUCGUCGCGGGACUAUUUCGGACCUUCUGAGGCGCUGACCAUUAUUUUUUUUUGUAAGAUUCGAGAGAGCAGCUUUCCUUCGUUGAUUUCUGUAUUACAUGUACGUAUGAGAUUACGUGUACACCCACUGCAUAAGCGGUCAUCACUCUUUCUUUUGUGCACUGCUGUUUGCGAGGAGUAACGGCUGUUAUUGCAGUAGCUUGUAGUAGUUCGAUGAAUGGAUCGCUUUUUCAUUGGAUUUCGUGUGGCCGAAUUCACAAGUUAUUUAUUUAUUAGCUGUUGGGAGAGUGUAUUUGAAAUAGAAAAGACAAAUAGUUCAAAUUCAAAGCCUGUAUUUACUCACCGACGACAUGGAAUCAUUCGCGAAAAUUUCUGAUCGCCAUCAAUGAAAAUUUUUUAAAGACAAAAACAACGCUUUUGUUGUAUACUCAAUUCAUCGAAAUUAAGCGAAUAUUCAUUAUUGCAAGCAGUUCGAAUCCUAAUGUACGUAAACACUCUCCACUUAGAUUUAAUCUUGAUAUACAUAUAUAUAUAUAUUUACUUAACGUUUAAAAGAGAAAGACGCGACGUCACGGUCGCGUUGCACCGUGCACAUAAAGUUCGACUUCGACGUGCUGGCUGCUCUGUAUUCCUUGCAAAUAAAGAUAAAAUAAGAUAAGCAGUAGUUAAAGUGCGUUGAACGUAAAAUUUAUUGUAUAAUUUUUUUUACUUUGAAUGUUAACAAGGCUUGUUAAUAGCCGUAGAUGACUCUUUGUUGUAAAAUCAGCGUAAUAAUUACUUUUUUCAGUGAUCGGUAAAAAUAACUUUUUGUAUGUUUUGAUAAAAAAAGCAAGUUGACUUGCAAAAUCGUGUAGAUUUAAGUUGGGAUGAUUGAAUGAUCGCAAUACAAUGCAAUAUUAUCAAUACGAGUCCAUCAAGUUACUUUGAUGUUUACAUUACAUAGUAUCACAUAAACAUAUGUUUCUGAUUAAUAAGCAAUAUACCAGUUCAUCUGUACAUUUUUCUUGUGCCAUACCAAGUUUUGUCAUAAAGAUUUUUUUUUUUUUUUCGUUAUCAAGAUGUUUAAAUUUGUAUUUUUGGAUAGAAAAAUUGGCAAAACUCAUAACUCGAUCCAGUCACGAGAUUAAUUUUUUAACUCUAACGAGAACAGGAAUUCUGUUCCAUGUAUAAAUAUAACUGAUUCCUGCGAUUAUGAAACAUUAGGCACGUGAUAAAAUAAUUAUAUAUACAUAGUUAUGUAAAUACUAUAAAAUCUUCGUGUAGCCAGGGGUCAAAGUAAUAAAAGAAAAUCAUUGUA